GUUGCAUUUGGCAGUGUCACAACAAAAUCAUGAUGUUGUUUCUAUUACUUUUAGUAGCUUUUCUUAUUAUUCUCAUUUUUCUACUUAACAAAACCAAAAUAAGUAGAAAUACCAAUCUACCACCAGGUCCUUUAGGUUUGCCAAUCAUUGGAAAUUUGCAUCAAUAUGAUAGUGUAACUCCUCAUAUCUAUUUUUGGAAACUUUCAAAAAAAUAUGGAAAAAUAUUUUCAUUGAAAUUUGGUUCUACUCCAAUAGUUGUAAUUUCUUCUGCAAAAUUAGCAAAAGAAGUAAUGAAGACACAAGAUUUAGCAUUUUGUAGUAGACCCUCUACUCUUUGCCAACAAAAAUUAUCUUACAAUAGUAAUGACAUAGUAUUUUCACCUUAUAAUGACUAUUGGAGAGAAAUUAGAAAAAUUUGUUUGAUUCACUUAUUUAGUCUCAAGAAAGUUCAAUCUUUUAGUCCGAUUCGUGUAGAUGAAGUCUCAAGAAUGAUCAAGAAAAUAUCUCAACAAGCUGCGGCUUCACAAAUUACCAAUUUGAGUAAAAUAGUGAUUUCACUUACAACUACAAUUAUUUGUAGAGUUGCUUUUGGUAUUAGGUUUGAUGAAGAAGCACAUGAAAAGAGGAGAUUUGAUGAACUUAUGAAUGAGUCUCAAGAUAUUUUGGCUAGCUUCUUUGUCUCCGAUUUUUUUCCUUCUUUAAGUUGGAUUGAUAAAUUUACUGGAAUGAAAAAUAAACUUGAGAAGAAUUUCAAGUGUUUGGAUGAAUUUUAUGAAGAACUCAUCGAGCAACAUCACAAUCCCAAUAGGCCAAAAUCCAUGGAAGGAGAUAUGAUUGAUAUUUUGCUACAAUUGAGGAAGGAGCAAUCAACUCAAAUCCAUCUCACUUUGGACAACAUAAAAGCAAUUCUCAUGAAUUUAUUUCUUGCUGGGACGGACACUAGCGCAAUUACAGUAAUUUGGGCUAUGACUGCCUUAAUGAAGAACCCAAAAGCCAUGAAGAAAGUUCAAGAAGAAGUUAGAAAAACAAUGGGGAAAAAAGGCAUCGUAAAUGAAGAUGAUACUCAAAAUAUGUCUUAUCUCAAAGCAGUAAUAAAAGAGACAUUUAGAUUGUAUCCACCAGCUCCAAUCCUAGUGGCAAGAGAGACAAUGCAAAAUUCAAUACUAGCAGGGUAUAAUAUUCCACCAAAAACAACAAUUCGCGUAAACUAUUGGGCUAUUGCAAGAGAUCCUGAGUACUGGGAAAAUUCAGAAGAAUUUAUACCCGAGAGAUUCUUGAAUAAUAACAUUGAUUUUAAGGGUCAAGAUUAUGAAUUUAUCCCAUUUGGAGCAGGGCGGAGAGGUUGCCCAGGUCUAGCACUUGGUGUUGCAACAGUGGAGCUUAUACUAUCAAACCUUCUAUAUGCAUUUGAUUGGGAGUUGCCUUUUGGGAUGAACAUAGAAGACAUCGACACAGAGAGUUUGCGCGGAAUUACUAUGCAUAAGAAAAAUGAUCUUUGCAUUGUCCCCAAAAAUUAUAUGUAGACUAUUUUAGUGAUAGCUUGUGCAUGCGGAAUAGAAGGUAGAAUAAGAAUAUGAAUAUUAGGAAGAGUGUUUCCCCCUUUCCAAUUCUUAUAUAAGUAGUAAUGUAAUUCCCUUUUUUGAGAUGAAUAUUAUAAAGCUUAUGUUUCAUUUUC